ACAGUUCCAGUGAUAACAGUGAAUCUACAGUGAAGAACAGCUCAGAGAUGCACUAAGUGAGCAAUUAAGGCACCUGAACAAUUGAACAGCUGAACAAACGACUGAACACGGCAAAUCAUCACUAGCUCCUUGAACGACAGAGCUUAAACAAAAUCGACUGAACAAGCAAUCCUAACAAGGCAAUCAAACAUGGACGCAAACAAAGCUGGUGGUUUGGUUAACUAUGUGACCGAUAAUUCGACCAGGUGUUCUGCAGCAACCAAGGACAAGUCACGCAAGGCGUGUGGCGUGUGCGGGGACGUGGCCAAAAGCAUGCACUUCGGCGCCGUCUGCUGCGACUCCUGCAAGGCCUUCUUCAGGAGGAGUGUCCAGAGUUCGAUGUGGGAGACCUUCCUCUGCAUCAAGGACGGGGAGUGCGAGGUCACGCAGAACAGGAGGUGCUGCCAGGCGUGCAGAUUCUCCUUGUGUCGAAAAAUCGGUAUGGACCCUUCGCUAGUGAUGAGCGAAGAGGACAGGAAGCUCCUGAUGUCUCGACGGCUGGAGAAGAAGAGACAGCAGCUCCUGGAGCACCACCGCAUAAAACAGCUCAGUCUCCUCGGAAGCCACGAACCGAGCGAUGAUGAGAGCAACCAAGAAGAAAGAGCGACGUCUUCAGGAGAGCCAAGUGAGGACAUGGAAGUGAAGUGGGACAGCAAGACGGACAGUGUUGAAAACUCUUCGUCAGCACUGGUAAAGGACGAAGUAAAAGAAGAGCAGAUGGAGGAGGACGAGUUGGAUGUGGCUGAGGUCGGGCCAAUGGUAGUGGACCAGGUGAAGGUGGAACGAGACUACGGUGAGAGGAUGGACGAGUGUAGACUUCCUCGGGAAGAUCUUGAGAGAAUUACUAUGCUACAGAAACUCCUGAGGAGAGGUCUCACUUUCCCCGAGUUCCCGCAGCAUUACUAUGAAGAAGGCGCAGACGUGAUGGAGCACCUUUUCUUCGUCUUCUGCAAGGGCAUGGGCAACUUCUUCAGUCUCAUACCCGACUUCCGCGAGCUCCAGACACAGGACAGGAACAUGCUACUGAAGGAUGCAGUGUCAAAGGCGAUAUUCAUAUUUGGGGCACACCAGUUCCAGCAGGACUACGAGUGCUGGCCGCGAAAACUCUUGUCGCCAUCUUGCUCGUUCCCUAAAAUCACGAUGGCAACGGUUGAAAAGUUCUUGGGAGACGAGGACAUUCUGUUCAAACUGAAGGGCUUCAUGCAUAGAUUCCGGCCUUUCUUCGAGGAUGAGGUGUUGAUGCUCCUGAGUCUUCUGGUGGCAGUGUUCGACCAAGAGGGACCCUCGAUUCCAGUUAGCACGGAAGUCGCAGAAAGAAGAGAUAGAUACCUAAGGCUACUGCAAGAUUACGUACAGCAGCGCGACGCUACAGUCCCUCUGGCCUCGUUCAUGUCGGAGCUCUGGACUUGUUUCCAGGACGUCCGGGAGUUGGUGGAGUGCCUCAAGAACACCAGUAAUAAAGAGAAAGAAACACCUGCUCGCACCUCCGACGAAAGGGCGUUUGCUAGUUCAUUACACGACCUCGGAGGAGACUCGAGGCUGCCCCCGAAGAAGGCAUUCCACAAGAAGGCCAGCAAAGGGAAUGGACUUGAUUCCCCAGACGUUAUCUUUCUCGAGAAAGUAGAAAACUCAUAUACCUGGGAAGACGCACGAUCAGCAUCGGGCACACCAACGGAAAAUCAUGUUCCUCAUCAAGACCAUGACUACCAGAGACCAAGCUCCUUCACGCCCGAAACUCCUCUGGAAAGGAGGCAGACGCAAGAGGCCCCACCGAUUCUAAGAACGAAAGAGCUGGAUAUCAUACCACUGCCUGCAGGUAUUCAGCCACAGUAUAGAAGUCCCCGAGGAGAGGGUCCUUACACGUCCACUAGGAGUUACAGAGAAAUUCCACCGAUAAGAGGAAACAGGAGCUGGUCUCUGAGGGAGCACGUGGUUGAUAGCAUGGCUUUCCCUCUCUCGAAAGACGUUGACCUUAUCAGACAGCCACGGGAUUUUACGAGGAAGUUACAGCCACCAUCGCAUUACCGGAGUCCACCGCCUCGGAAAGUGCGUUCGGUACCCUGCAGCCAGAACACGUUACUCCGAGAAAUCUAUUCCCAACCCUACAGCCAAAUUCCCCAAGGGGUGUUUUCGCCUCCCAACAGCCGAAGCCCUGGGUCUUCACAGAUGUGCCCUUUGCAACCGGAUCUGACGAGGGACACUUCAUGCCAAACUCAGAACUACCACCCUGAAGACAGCCAGUCCUUCCGAUUAAGAGUACUCCCCUACCAAGAGGAACCACGGCCAUCUUCGACCUCCUCCUCAGCCUCCUCCUCCUCCUCAGCCUCCUCCUCCUCGUCUUCCAGAGAGUCCCCAAUGACGCACGUAUGUCAGGGUCUAAACAGACUGUCUGCGAGCGAGGACGAACAGAUACUGCAGGCCAUCCAGGGAGUUCUGCCACCUCGACUUGUCACGCAUCUGGCAACAAAACUUGCUUUUGCGCGGAGGACACGGUAAAAUGGCUUGUAAAUAAGGACAAAUCUAUUUGUAUGUAUUAGGUUUGUGAGGUAGAAGAAAAGAUGUAUAUAUGAAGAAAAAGAUGUAGAUAUAGAUAGAUUUGUAGAUUUAUAUGUGUAAAGAGUCGAGGUAAUUUCCUCUUAUUUCUGACAUUUUGAAUCCAGAUAUUCAGACAAACAAAUGUUCCUAGUAGUUACAUCAAUUUACAUAUCUGUACGUGAAUGAAUCGUACUAAAAAGAAUACUAUAAAAUGAACGCCUUUAAAAUGUUUGAUGUAAUAACACCCAUAAAUGUAUAAAAGUCUUGUUAUAAUGAUACUGAUAAUAUUUGUGUCAUUAUCAUUAUGAUCAUUGUUAAUAAUGUUUUUAUCAUUACUA